AAUACGGAAACGUCAUACGUUACGGAUCGUAUGUUGCGGUUUUAAAUUUUGUUUUGUAAAUUCUUAUUUACAUAUUAAUAUAAUGAUUAUUUGAAUAAAUAAUUAUUUUUUUGUAAUUCUUUAUAUUUAAAUUAAUACACAACGGUUAUCACCAUUAUGGAGUCGAACGGUGUUGUACUGUGUGAUAAUCUAAUAAAAUGGUUACAAACGCUAAAUCUCACUGCUAAACAUGGAAAUCCUCUAGAACUAUCUGAUGGUGUUGCAAUAGCAGAAGCUUUAAGUCAGAUUGCACCAGAAUAUUUUACACCUACUUGGAAUUCCAAAAUUAAAACUGAUGUGGGUCAAAACUGGCGCUUGAAAGUCAGUAAUUUGAAGAAAAUAUUAGAGGGAGUUGUUGAUUACCAUCAAGAUAUACUUAGUUUGAGUCUACAAGAGUUUGCAAGGCCUGAUGUCAUCAACAUUGCUGAACAUGCUGAUCCAGGAGAUAUGGGAAGGCUGUUACAGCUAGUGCUUAGUUGUGCAGUCAACUGCAUCAAAAAAGAGGAGUACAUCACGCGAAUUAUGGAGUUAGAGUUGUCUUGCCAGCGAUGUAUAAUGCAAGCGAUACAGGAAUUAGAAAACAUUACGUUGGGUCAAAACCGGGGGAGCUUGCAUUUGGAUGGACCCGCACCGGAGCAGGCGGAUGUGGAUAUGAAAGAGGCCCUCGCGCAGAGAUGUCACGAGCUUGAUGCGCAAGUAAAAGCUCUCCAAGAGGAGAACAUGACGCUACUGAGCGAAGUGAGUCGUUUAGCGGCGGCGCGAGCUGCGGACAUCGAGAACAAGGAAGGCGGUGACCUAGACGAUGGGGGGGCGUCCUUGGGGCCGGCGCACGCGGGCACAUUGCGUUAUAGCAAUAUGCGAGCGCAACUCGACGCGUUAAAGGAUGAACUGGAUAAGGUCGAGUUGCAGAGGGACGACCAGAGGGCGAGGGCUGAUGUUUUAGAGCGAGAGGUCGCCAUUUUGAAGCUGAAAAAUGAAGAGCUACAGAUGGCAGCAUCAGAAAACGUGGCAUUAAAAGAUGAAGUAGAUGCCCUUAGAGAAACAGCUGCGAAGGCGGCAGCUCUAGAAGCAGCAGUCGCCUCGUACAAGAAGAGAAUGGAAGAACACGUUGAUCUGCGAAGACAGGUAAAGUUGUUGGAGCGCGCGAACACGGAGCACGUGCAGCGCGCGAUCGAGCACGAGCAAGCGGCCGCGCGAGCGAACGCUAUUCGCGCGCAACUCGACAUUUAUAAGAAACAGGUAAUAGAUUUAAAUGAGAAAUUGGACGCGGAAGUCACCAAAGCGGACCGACUCGAAAUUGACAACAAGAAACUGAGCAGCCAAGUGGCUUCAGCGCAGCGGGAGCGGGACGCACUGCUGCAAGAGCGAGACACACUCAAGGAGACAGUCGAUGAGCUGCGGUGUUCCACUAUUACCACUGGCGCGAGUGAAGACAACGUGUCACAAGAGUUGAUUCCCAAUGAUUUGAAAGAGCGAUUGAUUCGAUUGGAACAUGAAAAUAAAUUAUUAAAGCAAAAUCAAGGCGCGCAAGCGGACCAAGCUUCUGUUCAGGCCCUUCUAGAGGACUACGCGGCGAGGCUGGAGAAGCAGCGGGCGAUGAACCGCGAGGCGAACCAGCGGAUAAUGCAGCUGGAGGCCGCGCUGGAGGCGCCCCACCCGCGCCUCGCCGCCGCCCUCGAGGAGAGCCAGAGGAAGUCGCAACAAGUGGAGGAGCUGCAGGCGGCGCUGGCGGCGCGCGAGGCCGAGCUGCUCGCCACCGAGGACAGGUACAAGAAGUGCGUCGAGAAGGCCAAGGAGGUCAUCAAGUCGCUCGACCCGCGCACCACCGGUCAACAAUCGCUGUCGGAUUCAACGCUGGGUGACUGCCGCGGGGCACCCAACACGAGCGGCACCAGCGGCACAAGCGGCACGAGCGGCACCAGCGGCACCAGCGCCGCCGCCUCCCGGGGUGACGCUACCACUGCUACGCAUCGACACGAUUGGGGCGGCGGCGCGGCGGAGGAGGGCCGCAUGCUGGCGCACGAGCAGCGGCUGGUGGCGGCGGCGUGGUACCAGCUGGGCGCGCGCUGCCACCGCGACGCGGUCGAGGCCAAGUUCGCGCUGCGCUCGGCCGGACACUCGUUCCUCGCGCGCCAGCGCCGCCAGCCGCCCCGCCCGCGCCACUCGCCUGCGCCGGCGCACUGACCCCCACCCACUGAUCAGACACUAGCUUAGCGAUCAUUUUGAUAGUUUCUUAUCGGGUGUCAAACUACUCUACUCUGUAUUAAAUUUCAUCCAAAUCGGUCCAGUAGUUGCUAAGAUUUCAGUUGUCUCCAAGGAAACAACUAAACGAGCUCUUCUGUGUAUAUUAGUAUGGUGCCGUCGGGUUACUGGUCAGCGCCUGGCGUUGGUCACUGGUAUGUUUAGAAGGUGACAACCGAAAUGCCUGUCUUCUCUCUUCGGUUUUUUUUUGUGCUUUUUCAAUUAUACGUUAUACUUGGAUUUGAUGUGUAAACAUUUCUCAUAGCAUUUGUUAUCAUUGCAACAGUAGACAGUUACAUACAUAUUUAGUACUAAAUUAAAAGAUUAAAACCAUUUAUUAGUAAUGGUAAUGAUUUUCUAAUUGCGAGCGGGCAUCACUAAUUUUUGUCUAAUUAAAAAAUGUAUCAUGUUCAUUGAUACAUCCUAUUAGCAUUAAACUUAGGUGUUUUAUGUUAAUAAGGGACAAUUUGCUUUGCUUAUAUAUGCACCUUCAAACACGCCAUACAUUGAUUAUUGAUACCAACGUACACUUUUGAAAUGCAACUCGAAUUAUUUUAUAUUCUUUUUGCAAACCUGUUUUAUCAAACGGAUAUUUUAUAUAAAAUAAAUGUUUUAUAUUUUUUGCCUAAGUCCAUAGUAACUUGAAUAAAGCGUUGUUAAUUUUAAUGUCUAAUGUCUAAUUUUCUAUAGUAUAAUGUUAUAAGUUUAAGUGCUAUAAUAAUAAAAAUUUUGUUUUCUUACUAUGGUCACUAACUUAUUGAAACACUAUGAAGAGCUAAUGAAAGAAAGACAGAAAGAAAAUUAACAUAUGUGUUAAAUGUUACCAAGUAGAGUGUUCUUCAAAGUUAUGGAGAGUAUCUUUUCCAUCAGAGAUAAAUACAUUAGUGCACCAGAAAUCCUUUUUGGUAUUCUAUCUAAGAUUUAUUGUUAUGGAGCUAAUGACUUGGAUGUCCAAGUGUAUAUUUUAACGUAAUAAUUAAACAUAGUAAUUAAUGAUUUAUUGUCUGAAUGUACUUUAAUGUUUCAACAAGGGUUACGCGUGGAAGAUAGAUGUUUAAUAUGUACAGUUGUGUGUAUUACAUAAAUGUAAUAAUUAUUAACGAGUUCUGUGUAUGUGUGUGCUUUAUUUAUAUGCUCAUUUAUGAUUUUAAGAUAAUUAAUAUUAAAUUAAAAGGUGAAACAUAUUUCAAUUAUAUAAU